UCUGAAGCGCACCGCUCAGUGUGUGUGUGUUCGUGAAGCCGUGGUGUGUGUUUGCUGGUGUGCUGUGAGAGCGGGUCGUAAAACUUGUUCGAAUGCGAAAAAAGAGGUUGGAUUUCCGUCGGACGCUCGCUCGCUUUCUGCUCGAAGCUUUGAACGCAACCGUGUGUGUAGCUGCUAAGCUGGUUCGAAGGCGACUUUGCUGAAGAAAAACGGCCGUCAAGUUGGUUAAAAGUCACGUCAAACGAAAGCUGUGUCCAUUGUGCAUCCGUUGAAUACAAAAAUUCGCGUCCAUUCGCGUCGAAAACCAGGCAAGCUGGGUAGUUUUUUUUCCUCUGGCUCUGCGAGUGUGCGACGACAGCACCGACGACAACCACCCGUGUGUGUUCGAUCGCGCAGCAGAGAGUACCCUGACCUGAACAGCAGCAGCAGCAGCAGCAGGCAGCAGUUUCGCGGCUUCCUACGUUCACUGGGCACUUGAAGCUGGGUUGGCAAAUAUUUACUGUCCACCGUACCGUGUGUCACCGGUGUCCUCGCGUUACAAUCCGCAUUGUGAAAUAAAAGCAUCCUCCCCGUGUCGGUGUGUGCGUGUGUGGAGUAGUAGUAUACGGGUGAAAUCCACCGUCAAGAAGCGGCGCCUGUAAGCGAGCGAGCGAGAGAGGGAGAGAGAGCGAGAAAGCACAGUAACGCGAGCGGGAAAGAGAUCCCGUCUAGCAGCCGUCAUCAAACAACUAUUGUGUUUCGUCCCGUUUUUUGACGUUUACCGUGACUGGCAGACCGCUUUUUUGUUGUCGGACGGAUUGUUCCGUUGUGUGUGGGGUUGUUUAUUGCUAAGAAACACUAGGCGAGCAGGGCCCGUUUUUCCGGACGCGCACCGUCCGUGAACACAUCUUCACAUACUAUCGCGUCAUCAGAAGCACCAGUACCAGGCACUACCACCACCAACAUCAUCAGCAGCAGCAGCAUCAUCAUCAUCAUCAUCGUCACCAUCGAUCCGUUCGUCCAACGGUGGGCAUACAGUGUGUGAAAAACAAUAUCAAACAGUGCAUUUUCGCAUAGUAGGUGUUCGUUGCAGUGCACUGUUAAGAAGUUCUCAGACGGCGCCUCGCUGUUGUGCUUACAAUUAUCCGUAUUUGCUGCUGCAGUGCUUCUGCUAAAACCGUUUGCAAGUGUGUGUGUGCGUAUCGAAUUGAAGUGUGUAUGGUUGGUGUGCAUACGUGUUUGUGUUGUUUGUGUGUAUGCGGAAUUUUCCACCAUUAGCGUCGUGCGUUUAUUUUUUGUUGCUUCGUCCAGCCCAAACGCACCGUGUGAUCAUCGCACCAAGGAUCUCCGGAGUCCUGUGUGUGUCCUGUUAGUGAAAUUCGUGAACGGUAGAUACCAUACCGUAGCAUAAUAUUCUUCUGCUGAGGAUCUACCGUGUGCAGAGCAUCACCGAUCUGUUUUCGAAACGAAAGGAGUGAACGAGAGGCAACUUCACCUUCAACGCCAAGCGCCAUACGCAUUGGGCGAAACGAACCAACGAACGAGACUUUGAUCGAGACACCCCCGGUUAAUGCAAAAAAAUGGCCAUCGUCAAGGAUAGUGCAACGUUCUUCCAGCACGGCAACUCGGCCCAGUUCGACUACGUGCUCAAGCUGUACCCGAAAGCGCUGAAGCUGAAGGCGGAAACGCGCGGCAACGGCAAAAAGGCAGACAAGCUGCUGCGUCUGGAAAAGUGGUACCAGAACGAUCUGCCCAAGCUGAUAAAGAACCGGGGCCGCGACGCACACUUGCUGCACGAGGAGCUGGUGCAGACGAUGGAGUGGAAGCAGACGCGCGGCAAGUUCUACCCGCAGCUGUCCUAUUUGAUCAAAAUCAACACACCCCGGGCGGUGGUGAUGGAAACGAAGAAAGCCUUCCGCAAGCUGCCAAAUCUCGAACAGGCGCUAAACGCGCUCUCGAACCUGAAGGGCGUCGGGAUCACGAUGGCAUCGGCCCUGCUCGCGGCCGCCGCACCUGAGAGCGCACCGUUCAUGGCGGACGAAUGCUUGAUGGCGAUUCCGGACAUCGAGGGCAUCGACUAUACGACCAAGGAGUAUCUGAAGUUUGUCACACACAUCCAGCAAACAAUGGAACGGCUAAACCUGGAGGAGGACAGUAAUGGUGCGGCAGGCGAAGAAGAAUCGUCGGCCGACGAGAAGAAGGACAGUACAGCGAACGGUGGUGGUGGUGGUGGCGGCGACGGUGGAACGCCGGACGGUGGUGCCGCUGACGGGGAAGCAAGCGAGGGUGCAAAGGAGGGUGCGGUGGUUGGAAAAGAAGGAAAGGGAGGAGUUGAUGCGGCCGAAAAUGGUGGUGCGACGGGACCAAGGGCGAAGAAAUGGUCAGCACAUUCGGUGGAGUUGGCCCUGUGGACACAUUACGUUGUGUCGGAUCUGCAACCGGAGCUGCUUGGUGGCAUGCCCGGCAACGGUAACGGUGUUGCGGCGGCCGUUGACGCUGCUCAAAACGGAAUCUCGAAAGAGGAGGACGAGGACGAGGAUGAGGUGGCCGACGAUGAGGAGGUCGACGGGGACAACGGGCUGGCGGAGGACGAGGGUAAUACGAACGAUGAAAACUCCCGCACCGCCAUGCUGGAAUCGUCCGAAUCGGAAAGCAACGAGGCGGCGACGGCCGAACCGCCGGGGGUCGUGCCGAACGGCAAAAGUACGUCGUCGGGUUCGAGUGGUUCUGCGCCGGAAGAUGAGGAAAAGCUUGUCGACGCUGAGGAUACGUCCAAGGACGCUACCGAUAAUAGCAGCACGGCCGUUACGAUGACGGAACUGACGAACAAUGGUACCUCCGCGGUAGUGGCCGGUAAACCGCCGGUCGAAACGACAGCCGCCACCCCGAUCCACACGCAAGAAUUGCCGGCGGACAGCAGCGCGGACGGUACGAAAGCGUCCGACGCAAGCUUAGGCGGUGGUGUACUUGGCACAAAGGGUGCGCUAAGCACGGCCAGCUCCGUUGCCGACAGUACCGAAUCUGAAGCACCGAUCACCACCGACGGUAGCAGCAGUAACGGCAGCAACAAACGUCCCCUCUGCUGCGAGGAUAAUGGUGAAGACAAGCCCGAACUAAGCGCUCCCAAGUUGAUAAAACUGUAGACAGUGGAACAAGUCAAUAUAGACACACAUACACACACACACACGCGCACGCAUGCACGGGGGACUCACACACAAAGUGGGGUUGGGGGUUGCAAGCAUAGUGGGGGGAUUUUGUGUGGAAGUGAAUGUAAGAAUGUGUGUGUGUGUGUGGUGGGCCCUUUUGCUUCACUGGGAUUGUGGCGUAAUGCUAAGGAUAGGAUAGUUUCUAGCACAGUACAACAAUCAUUAUGGUCACGAGAGUAAAAAAAAAGGAAAAAUAUCCAAGUAAAGCGAGAGAGAGAGAGAGGGAGAGAGAGAGGAAAAUGUAAGACCAAUCGACUCAGCGAACAGGAAAAAAACAAGUACAUACACACACAUACACACAUGCGUGCGUCAUUAGCGAUUAGCGGAAGGAUGAAUGGGGGAUUUUUUUAUUUGUACACCAACACCAAUAAUGUCUAAGGAAGAGGGUUGCAGCAAAACGCGCGCUUAUUUUAAAGGGGAAAAAAAGAAACAACCAAAUUACUAAAACUACACUUCUACUUCAAACACUACACUCAUUUCAGUGCGAUUGUCCUUCGUUCUGGUGUAACGCUCGCAGAGGAUGUAUGGUAUUGACAAGAGUCCCUCUGGGACUCCUGGGUAUUUCGAUCUCAGUUAAGAACUUUGCGUCUGAGAAGUACAUUAAACAAUGCAACACCUUUCCAAUAGCUGUCCUUUGCUACAAAAACAGCGCGCCCGAUGCAAAUAAUUCAAACACAACCGGCCACGACGUCCUCCGCCUGUGACCGAGAGCUGCACCGAGAUGCAAGUUUAUCUCAUGCACCUAGAUACGAUCGUAGCUUCUUUCUUUUUGUCGGGGGGUUCAUUUUAUUGUAUUUAUAUACUUUAGAUAAUCGUAUCGUCGCUCCCUCUUCAAUAUGAUUUGGUAAAAGAAAAUGCGCAGGCUUUUUGGUAAAAUGAUGUGCACAAUGGUCGAAAAUCGAUAAGCAAGCGAGUAUGUAUGUAUCAAACGAAAAUUAGUAAUCCAAAACAAAAAAGAUAGACAAAUAGAGACAACAUUCUACUUAUGUACUGCUUUUUACUAUUUUUUCGUUUUUUUUUUAAUUAAUCCUUUAAUUCCCGCUAGUGUUGCUACAUUUGCACUACUUAAUAAAAGACAUGUAAAUGUUAUAAUUUUUUUUUAUUAUAUUUUGAGUAUUGCUAUUUGUUAGCAAAUAAGCAGCAGCAGGAGCGGUCCGGUGGCCGAGGCGAUAACGGCGCCAGCCUAUAAACGAAAGGACCGGGGUUUAGAUCCCAUCUAGACCGCGCCUGCCCCGUAUGCAGUGCUGUUCUGUCUACUUUGCUUACGGGUAAAAUCAAGGUCCACAGAAAGCCAGAAGAAGUGGCAGGCCCGGAAGACCUUUAGAGGUUGGUUGCGUAGCGUCAAGGAAGAAGAAGAGCGAGCAGUUGAUAUAAAAAAAAUCGUGUUGGGAUCGCUCUGCACUUGAAGAGCUUCUCAACGUUUAUAUUUUUCAAUGCUUUAGCCCUUUUUUGUCAAAGGUACGGUUGUCCUUAACAAUCGAAACUUUGGUAUCUGAAUGGCAAGGAUGGCCCCUGGUGGUAGAUGUGAUAGCGGUGCCGGUCUUCACACGCCAGGACCGGAGUUCAAAUCCCAUCUGGGACGUUCCCCCUAUAGUGAGGAUUUGACUAUCCAACUAUCUAAGACAGAAAUGGCAGGAAUGACCUAAAAAACCUGUGGUCGUUAGGCAAGGAAAGAGGAAGAAAACCUCUUGAUGGUGUUUAAGGAGUCCUUUUUUUGGACGAAAUUUUUACCCGGGCUUGUUGUAACAAUAGCCCUUUCGAGGUAUUGAUUUUAAUGAGUCGAAGCUCUUCUUUAUAUGUACGGAGCGACCUUGUGAAAUUAAGUGAAACGUUGAUUUUACUUAAUUGAUUACAGUUUUUGGUUGUAACAUUGUAUGGAUUUUGUUUUGAAAUGCAUCAAUCCCAUUUUGAUUAAAGCCAGUUUAAAAAAAAGCUAAAACAUGUAGAAAACACACAACUAUCCCCUCCCUCCCCGAAUACACAUACAAAUGAAAUCAAAUGACUGAGAUUUAUAUAGUGGUAGUAGCAACCAACACAUGGAACAAAAGAUUCGCGUGUGUGCGCGUGUGGGGUGGAUGAGUGUAACAUAAUAUAUAUAUGCUUGUAUCCGCGGUAUGUGCGAUGCUGUAUGAUGAGUGCCUGUGCAUUAAUCUUUUUUCUACACCGACCUGUGGUGGAAUGAAUGCGUGUGUGUGUUUGUGUGUACAUUUGAAGACAUGUGUGUGUGUGUGUAUGCGCGCAGCUUUGGAUAGCUUUUUUUCUUCUUUCGGUUACAUAUAGAAAUAGUUAAUCCACAUAGUACGGUACGGGAAAUGAGGGCGCGUGCAUCCAUAUUACCAAGGAUUUGUGAGAGUAUGAUGCUUAAUCACACAUUACCAGGAAUCGAGUUGGCCGAGGACAGCAGUUAAUUUCGAACAGCUAAAGUGCAACUCUGCAUUUCGUCUCGAAAGCGUCGCGGAGCAAACGGGAAGCAAGAGA